AUGCUGUUCGGUGAGAUCUUCUAUGAUUCUGCGGAUAUAGCAGUUAAAGCAUCUGUCACCGAUAAAAAGCCCUUAAUAGUAUUUCUGAGACAAGAAGGGACCACAGGUGAUCUUUAUAUAUCCAAGCACUUUGUUAAAAGCAAUCAAAAGUUGACCGAAAAGUUUAUUGAUGAAGUGAAACUCAACUAUAUUACUCUUAGUUUGAUAGAAAAUACAAACGAUUUCAACUCCUUCAAGCAAAUCUUCCCCAAUUUAACCGUUCCAAGUAUAGUCAUCGUGAAAGAGGGUACACUAUUGGAUGUUAUUAAUGGUGAUUUGUCUGUUGAACGAUUUGAAGAAGCUAUCAAAAUUCAUAGGCCAGCUGCUUUCUCACUCCCGAAUUUUCUGGCUGCAGCAGAUAUACCCCAGUCGACUCCAACAACAUCGUCAUUAUCACCAUCAUCAUCCUCAUCACCGUCGAUAUCUGCUUCUCCUGCUUCUGUUCCUGUUCCUGCUCCGUCCUCAGUGUCAGGAUCUGUCUCAAACUCAGCUUCAACUAGUUCCAGCUCCACCCCUGAACCAAAUCUGUUAAAUGAUACCCAUACUGCAGCAAGACGUAAGCAAGACGUUCUCAGGACUCGAAAUCAAGAACGCGAUCGAUUAAAUGCUAUAAGACGCCAAAUUGAAAUGGACCAGAAAGAACGGGCAUCUUUACAAAGAGAAAGAGAAGAGUUCAAAUCUCAAACAACUAAUCUGGGAAAGAGAAGACGACCAAGUAAAUCUUAUGAUGAGUGUAUCCUUUCUAUUAAGCUUCUUGAUGGCUCAACGUUACGUAACGAAUUCAGGUCGCUUGAUAGUUUGGAAGUUGUACGGAAAUGGAUAGAUGAACAAGAAGAAAUUGUGACUCAAGAUGAAUUUAUGCCAUCUUUUGCAAAAUCUACCGUUCCGCAAAUAAUUCUGUAUACUUUUUUCGCCCCAUCAUUAUCUGGCCAUACAUUUUCAAUGGAACAGGAAAAGGAACUGUUGUUGAGUUUAGAAUUAUGUCCCAGAUCUGCUUUAUUUUUAAAGCCAGUCUAUGGUCAUCCUAAUAGUCCUCCACAAGUCCAAUCUAGUUCGGCCGUAUUGCAAACAGUUAAGAAGUCGUUUUCCCUUUUGGGACAUGCCUUAUAUUCCUUUUUUGAUUAUGGAGUUGAAGACGCAAGGAAUAAUGAGCAUGAAUAUAAUGAGCGUGAUAACGAUGAAAAUCGAAAUGACUUGAAAUCUGAUAAUGAAGAACGUCCCAGUACUCCAGGCCAAUUUAUUACCAUCAAAUCUCAUCCUUCAUCGUCUUCUCUUUACAAUCUACGGAGACAGAAUUCUAAUACUAGUACGUCAAUUACACCUAAAGAGUCUGUUAAGAAUGAACCUGUUCGUCCUCAUAAUUUGCACCGGUUGCAUUCGUUUAAAGAUGAAAAUGGAUCUGAAGAAGAAGUAGGUUCUCUGGGGAAAUAG